GCAGUUGGGGAAGCGGAAAUUGAUUUUUGUUUCUCUGUGUUGCAGCCCAUGACGGGCUUUCACCAUUUCCAUAGUGGGAUCUCAAAGCUGAAGCAAGUUAUGGGGUGCAUCCAACAUGAUAUCCAAUGCUCAAUCAUUGCGGUCGCUACAGAUGCAGUACCUAGCGCCAUGAUCACUGCUGUACAAGUGUUAAUGGAUUUCUGUUAUCUUGUACAGUUGACACAGAUUGAUUAUCAUGAUCUCGAGCACAUUUCGACAGCGCUGGCUGAAUUUCACGCCAACAAGUGUUACAACUUGGAUAGUUCUUGCGUAACUAAUCCAAUAAAGGAGUUCUUCGUGUUACGACGUUCGGUUCAGACACUUGAGGGGCUCUCCCUCUAA